GGUGCAGGCAGCAGGACAGUCUUGCCAGGACCCUGCCACUGGACCGCAUUCGAACCCUGGCAUGUUGCGGACGCCAUUGAAUCAUAAUGGGCAGAGGGUGCCAGAGCCUGAGGCAGAAGAAGUCUGACAGUGAGAGCAUAGCCGCAGCGCAGACUGCGGCAGAGCGUGGCAGAUCGUCAACAAUCAACGUGCGCAACAAGGAGACAGCUGCCGUUCGUAGUCCUAUAUACCCACCAAACAUCAGGGAGAUUGCUCGUUUUAGCUGCGCUGAAUGUGCGGGCGAUCUGCAUCAAAGGAAAGGUUUUUGUAGGGUGAUUUAGACUGAGCUGCGAGCAGGACAACUUUCUGUGAAUCUCACUUUUGGCUCGAAAUACGCCAAUUGCAGAACAUGCACCUGCCGAGUUGACCCGCUCGAAUAAGCCAGAGGAAGAUCCUCCUGGGCCAUGGCAUCUCGCCAGAUAAAGCGAUCAGCAUCGGCUCGAGGCCUCUUUUCAGAGGCAACAGGUGCUGAAUCACCAGGUAGAGCAGCCUCUCCUCGGCCGCACAAAGGUUCACCGACCAUGGCUCGCAACAAGGGCGUGCCAGCUGUCGGAGGGGGCGUGCCAGCUGUCCCCCGGCGAGCUAGAAUGGGGCCAGAGAAUGUUGCCCCAGGAGACUCACCAAAUGGUCUGAAGCAGGCCAGGGAAGGCAGCCCUGAGGUCGGGAAGUAUAGAAACGCAGCCAUGAAUGAGUCCCCCGAGAAGGAGCUGGGUGGUCCACUGGUUGAGACCAGCAGCAACCGGCCGUCUCCCAGCAAAAGGAAGCUUGAGUUCACGGCAAAAGCGAGCGCUGCGGACGUCAAAGCUGCAGCAGAAGGAGCUGAUCUGGCAGGGCAAGAUGACAAGGGGGUGAGAGUACUUAUUAGAGUAAGACCAAUGAGCAAAGCGGAGAUGGUGAGUCAGUCCGAGCAAGGGUUGGUGUUAGACAGGGACUGCUCUUUGAUAGCUGAUGGCCAGACCUACACAUUUGACACUGUGGCUGGGGAGCAGACGACGCAGGCAGGGAUGUUUGAGAUUGCGGGCCGGUCGGCAGUGGAGAACUGCCUAGCGGGGUUUAACAGCUCCAUCUUCGCAUACGGCCAGACAGGAAGCGGCAAGACGCACACGAUGACUGGGCAGAUGGACGGGAGCGAAGCGAGGGGCCUUACGCCCCGUGUCUUUGAACAUAUGUUUCACCGGAUCACAGAGGAAGAGAGGGCAAACGUUGACCGAGAGCUGAAGUUCAUCUGCAAAUGCUCGUUCCUGGAGAUCUACAACGAGCACAUCACGGAUCUGCUGGAGCCCUCCUCCAAGAACCUGCAGAUUCGGGAGGACAAGAAGAGCGGGAUAUAUGUGGAGGGUCUCCUGGAGGAGAUCAUUGAGACUGUGGAUGACAUGCAGAAGCUGAUAGCCAAGGGCACUGCGAACCGGACCGUAGCUGCAACCAACAUGAACUCUGCCAGCAGCCGCUCGCACAGCGUGUUUACCUGUACCAUAUUGAGUCGCAAUAAGAAUGUGUCCGACGGCACUGUCAACGUCCGGCGCUCGCGGUUGAACCUUGUAGACUUGGCCGGAUCGGAACGGCAAAAGCUGACUGGAGCCCAGGGUGACCGGCUCAAGGAGGCCAGCAAGAUCAACUCGUCCCUUUCGGCGCUGGGCAACGUGAUCAAGGUUCUGGCGGAAGUCGCGCAGACGGGCCGGCAGAGGCACGUGCCGUACCGGGACUCGCGGCUGACGUACCUGCUGCAGGAGUCGCUGGGAGGGAAUGCCAAAACCGUCAUGAUUGCCAACGUCAGCCCUUCCAGCAGCUGCUUAGGCGAGACCGUGAGCACACUCAAGUUCGCCCAGCGGGCGAAGGCUGUCCAAAACAAGGCUGUCGUGAACGAAGAGACGACCAAUGACGUGAACGUGCUGAGGCAACAGAUCCGGCGACUGAAGGACGAGUUGCUGCGCAUGAAGACUGCCCCCCCGCCCCGCUCGCCCUCCCCCGCUUCCCCCGACGGCCAUCCAACAACCCCCGCAGCGCCCGCCACGUCAGACGGGUUAUCCUCCCCGUCAGAGGCGUUUAGCCCCGAGGUUAUGGAGCUAACCGCCAAGAUAACCGAGCUCUCUCAGGAGGCGCUGCUGGCCGAGUCCUUCCAGGGUAAACUCACGGACGUUCUGGGGACGCCGAACCGCAGCCCCGAGGAGAACAUCACCACGCGACGGCGGCGCCAGUGGGCUGACGUGGCGCGUGACGUCAGCGAGGGAUCCCCGCUCGAGUCCCCGGUGCCGGCAGCUUCUCCCUCGCCCAUCAAGAUCCGGCCCUUCCCCGUCUCCCCCGAGGGCUUCGAGGUGCUCGCCGACAGCCCCGGAAGGAUGAGGCGGCGGAUUCCGGGCGGCGGAACGGAGGACGGAACGGAAACGGAAUCGGACGACGACGAGCACAGCGACAAGGAGAACUCGGCGGGCUUCCAGGUGACCCCCGGGUCCGAGGAGGUGCAGCAGGCGUAUUUACACCGGCUCCGUUUCAGCACGGAAUCCGAUCUGCCGCAGUGCGUGGAGUCUCCAGAGUCUCCGCUGUUCGGCCGCGACCGACGGAGCAAGUUGCGGGACCCGAGCCAGGAGAAGAACCUGCUGCUCACGCCCCCAUUCACACCGGUGCAGUCGCUGGAAACGGGCGAACUAGAGCAGGGGGCAAACCGCUCUCCCGUGAGCCCCGCCGAAGUCGAGCAGCAGCUCCGGGCCGCGGUCGCGGCGGGUGACGUCAGCGCGACGAAAAGCGACGUCAGCGCGAGGGACGAUGACGUCGUGGGGGCGAGAAGGAGCUGCCAGUCGGAGUCGUUCUUCAGCAGCAACGACAACGUGGAGGAGGGGCUGACGUCACCCCGGGGCGUGUUGCCGAGGGGGGGCGCGCGCCAGUCUGUGGAGAGCGUCGAGGCACCCCCCCGGGAAGCGGCGGACCUUUUGGCGGAACCGGAAGUGCCGCAGACUCCAGUAACUCCCGGGUUCGGCAAGUGGCAGCGGUGGGCGAAAAAGACGGAGGGAUCCCCCAGUGGAGAAAGCACUCCCGUCAGAGAGCCGUCCGGAUCGCAGCUAUCGGACGCUUCCCCGUCCCCAAAACGCUGCCACGUGGCGGCUCCUGAGUCGCCGGCCUCCUCGCCACCCCCCAAGCGCGCGCACCGGGCCGUCACCUUCCCGGACGACGACCCGCCAACCGAAGCGCAGCAAACGGCCGCUGACGUCACUCCAGGGUCUGGAGACGUCAGCGACCCGGGUCUGCAGAUGGUGGUUAGGGUUGACCGGUCGGUUCAGGGGCCGUCGAGAACUAGUCUGGCGGGGUCCGUGGCGGAGUUGUUGCUGGGUCCCGACGCUGUGGGGCUUUCGGACGUACAGCUGCAGGCGGUGGAGGGCGUCCUCGCAGGGGCGCUGAGGCGGGAGCAGGUCGCCGAGGAGCAGGCGGCGCAGCUGGAGGGGGAACUGGAGGCCAUGCGCCGCAUCGUGCGCGAGUACGAGCACGACUACGAGUGCAACAAGCGGCUGGUGGACUGCCGCGAGGACAAGAUCGCGCGCCUGGAGCAGCUCGCGGACGGCGUGCUGGCCGAGUCCGAGUUCCUUGUCCGCGAGCGUGCGGCCGCGCAACUAGAGCGGCGCGCGAUGCAGGAGAAGAUCGACCGCCACCCCGAGGUCACGCGAUUCGCCAUGGAGAAUAUGCGACUAGUGGAGCAGCUGCGCAGGUACGAGGACUUUUACGGCUGCGGCGAGCGGGAGGCCCUGCAGAAGGAGGUGCAGCAGCUGCGCGACCACCUGCUCAAGGCGCUGGAAACUGGGCCCGUCCUGACAGGGCCUUCUUCCUCCCCCGUGCGCGCGAUUGAAUCCCAGCCGUCCGAUGCACUCGGGACGGAUCCCGGGCCGUCGGAUCCGCGCUUGGCGAGCCUGGAGGCUGACGUGGCGUACUAUAAGGAGCUGGCGGAGGUGCAGCGGAGGGAGGCGGAAGAGGCGAAGCACACGCUGGGGGGGGCGAUCGUGUCGAACGCCAAGAUGGCCAGCUUCUUCGAGGAGAUCCAGAAAGAGAACGACCGGCUGCUUCAGAAGCACCGCGCCAUCCGGCUGGCGACCGCCCACAUGGUUUCCGCUGCCACGGAGCAGCACGGAACGGACCCGGAAUCGCAGUGGCUGCAGGCGCACGCGGCCGAGCUCGCGGCGCUGCGCGCGGACGACAAGGAGAACCUUCGGGAAAUUGACGGCCUCCAAGCGCAGCUUCGCGACGCCCGAGAAGCGGUACGCGCGGCUGGGGAGCUCACCACCCGGCUGCACAAGGCGGAGGAACGAGCCCAGGCCUGCGAGGAGGUUUCCGGCCGCACCGAGCAGACCGUCAAGGAGCUCCGGCGGAAGGCGGAACAGAUGCGCCGGCAGCACGCACUGGAACUUGCGGGCGCGGAGAAGCGGGUUCGAGAAGCACGCUCCAAGAAGGGCACCGUUUGCCAGAUGUGCCAGAUGUCGGAGCGCGUCGUGUUCCACCUGCCGGAGGGAGGUGACGACUCCAAGCCCGUUCAGAAAGUUUUGCACCGGUCCCAAACGGAGCCCGGGCGAGCGAGCGGGGCCAAGUCGAGCAAGAAAGGGUUCUGGUUCUGGGGGAAGGGAAAGAGCAAGGAAGAACCGGGUGAAGAAGAGGGUUCGGGCAAUCUGGAGUCUUCUCCUGAGGAGAGGGAGAGCAUGGCGUCGAAUCCUCCCCGGGAAGAGGGGACUUCGGGAGAAGUUGGCACCGAGAUUGCGGAGGGUGCUCGGUUGGACAACUCGCUGGAGUCGCUGCCCCUAACCCCUCGGUAAAGGCUACAGGAGGUGGUCAAGGAUGGGACUGUCCUCUGGAAAGCGAAAUUUUACCAGGUUGAUUAGAUUCUCUAUAACUACUCCCCAGCUACAGUUAAAGUAUUCGAAGAAACCAGCACGCUUCGGUUCAGAAUGUCAAGGAUUGGUUUACCACAGCUUUAUACCCCGUGGUCUGAUUUAUUUUCUGAAAAGUUUGAGUCCUCUGUCUGGCCGGCAAGCCGGCCAGCCCUGCCAACA